ACAUUUGUCAUCUCCCCUCCAAUUACAUGAUUUUGUCGCUCAGUGACGUGAUAGUGUUUAUUACAAGGUAGAAGAGAAUAAUGCGUUAUUUAUAGACUGCAUAGUAUGGUUGACGGCACGUUAAAUACACAAUAAUAAAAAAUGGACUGAUUGUCAUUCUUAUCAUUCUUAUCAUUUUGUGAUGUGAUACUUUCUCAGCAUUCUGAAGCACCAAAACAUCCGUUAACAAUCAUAUAAAUAUUGUAUUCGUCAUCGCGACAUAUUACAAAUUAUUUCCAAUUAUUUGAAGAAUUUUAAUAUGAUGCGUAGCGUAUUUAUGUUUUACAUGCGAAAGCGCACAGCGAGUGAAAAAUUUCUCAUUAGCGAUCUAAAGAAAUGCAAACGUGAGUUUUGUACGACAGUCGAAGAUAAUCGUUCACCGUUGAAUGGAAUAAGAGUUCUGGAUUUGACACGUAUAGUAGCUGGUCCGUAUUGCACGAUGAUCUUAGGAGAUCUUGGUGCAGAGAUCUUGAAGAUUGAACGACCUGGUGGCGGUGAUGAAGCUCGCAAAUGGGGUCCUCCGUUCUUUAAAGGAACUCAAGAAUCAACUUAUUUCAUGAGUGUAAAUAGAAACAAAAAAAGUGUUUGUAUUGAUUUAAAAAGGGGUAAAAACAUUAUUUAUGAAUUAGUACAAACAUGUGAUAUUUUAGUGGAAAAUUAUGUGCCAGGAAAAUUGAGUAGUAUAGGCUUAGGAUACGAAGACAUAGCCAAGAUAGCACCAAGUCUUAUAUAUUGCUCAUUAACUGGCUAUGGAUCACAAGGACCUUAUGCAAGUAGACCUGGUUAUGAUGUCAUUGCCGCUUCCUUAGGAGGACUUCUACAUAUUACUGGACCUAAAGAUGGACCACCGUGCAAAGUUGGCGUAGCAAUGACAGAUUUAGCAACAGGUCUAUAUGCUCAUGGAGCAAUUAUGGCAGCUCUAUUACAAAGAACAAAAACUAAUCAAGGCCAGUGGAUACAAUGCAAUCUAUUAUCGACUCAAAUUGCAAGCCUGAUAAAUAUUGCUUCAAAUUACUUAAAUGGAAAUAAAGACGGAGCACGAUGGGGCUCUGAACAUGAGAGUAUAGUUCCUUAUGAAGCUUUUCCAACUGAAAAUGGAUAUAUGACAGUUGGAGCAGGAAGUGACUUGCAUUUUCUAGAAUUAAUUAAAAGAUUACAACUACCAGAACUUGCUAGUAAUGAUAAAUUUAAAAACAAUGUAGCUAGAGUCAAAAAUAGAACUGAAUUGCUUCAAAUUCUUCGAGAUGUGUUUAAAAAGAAGACAAAUCAAGAAUGGUCUAUGAUAUUUGAAGGUGCUUCGUUUCCUUAUGGAGCAGUAAAUACUAUAAAAGAGGUGUUUGAUGAUCCCCAUGUGAAAUAUACAAAAUUGGUUCAAGAAGUGGACCACCCAAUUGCAGGCAAAGUAAAACUCGUUGGACCAGCUGUGACAUAUAGUUACGCUAGCAAUAUAGUGAGAUCGGCACCACCGGCGUUGGGACAACACACAUCAGAAGUUUUAAAAAAUAUAUUAAAUUAUUCUGAUGAUAAAAUAAAAAAUUUAAUAACACAAAAAAUUGUACAAUAA